AUGGGUCUCGCAGAGAGUGCGCUGUCACUGGUGACAGUCACCAAUGUCUUUCUCGCUCUUUUUCUCUACGUCAUCUCGAAAUUUGUCUACCAAAUCGUGUACUACCGGUUCUUCCACCCGCUAUCCAAAUUCCCAGGUCCCUUCUGGGCAUCCGUGACCCGUCUUUGGAUUGCGAAGCAGAACUUGGCCGAGACGGAAUAUCUUACCUUUCAUGAACUUUCUAAGACAUACGGUCCUGUCGUUCGCAUUACUCCCACAUUGCUGCUGGUCAGCGACCACUCCAAGCUUCCCAAAGUCUACCAACGCAAUGUGGACAAAACUGGACACUAUAUCACGGGUAGCUUCGGUGAGAAUGAAAGCCUGUUCAACAUGAGGUCCCACAAGACUCACGCAGUGUUCCGGAAACACGUUGCGGGACCUUAUAGCUUCACCAAUAUCAAAAGUAUGGAGCCAAUGAUCGACGCGCGCAUCCGCGAAUGGAGCGACAAGCUCAAUGGCACUUUUGUCAAAUCCGGCGAGGCUUUCGACUUUGCUUGGUGGGCAGUCUAUAUGGCCUACGACAUCAUCAGCGAAAUUGGUUUCGGCGCUCCCUUCGGGUUUAUUGAGAAGGGCGAAGAUGUUGGUGGCCUCAUCCAAGGUUUCCACGAUGGCCUCCCUGCCUUCGGUUUCCUUGCCCGCCUGCACCCUUUUACAUCCUGGAUGAAGACAACUUUCAUGAAGAAGUAUCUCGUCGCCACUCCAGAAGAUAACACGGGCAUUGGUGUUCUGAUGCGCUUCCGUGAUCGGCUCAUCAAAGAGCGCAUCGAGGAUAUCAACAGUGGCAAGCCGGUCAACCGUGUCGACCUUCUCCAAAAGCUGAUCGAAGCUCGUACCGACGAGGGCAAGCCUCUUGAUUUGGAAUAUAUUCGCGCAGAGGUUCUCCUGGUUCUACUUGCUGGAGCCGAUACCACUGGUACCGCUUUCCAGGCCUUGAUCCAAUUCCUCCUAUCCAACCCGGAAUCAUAUGACCGCAUGAUGGAUGAAAUUGACAAUGCGACACGCAAGGGACUUAUCUCCGAUAUGCCCCAGUAUGACGAAGUCAUUGAGCACUUGCCAUUCUUCGUAGGCUGUGUCAAGGAAACCAUGCGUCUUUGCCCUUCUGCCCCGAACAUUUUCCCUCGCUACGUCCCCGAGCCUGGUCUGGAGCUAUAUGGCAAGUUUGCUCCGGCGGGUACUGAGAUCACCUGCAAUCCGUAUCUGGUGCACCGUGACCCGGCUUUGUAUGGCGAGGAUGCUGAGGAGUUCCGUCCUGAGCGCUGGUUGGAUGCGGAGAAGGCCAAGUUGUACAACAAGUAUAACUUCGCCUUUGGAUAUGGUUCCCGCGUGUGCCUGGGACGCGACAUUGCGAUGAUGGAGCUAUUCAAGGGCCCCCUGCAGUUCUUCCGCCAGUUCAAGCCCGAGUCCGUGAAGGACAAACCGACUGCUCAAUUUGUGGUGAAGGGUGGCGUUGGCUAUUGGCGGGAUGUAUGGUUGACCAUCUCCAAGCGCCCACAGGUCACUCCUCCCGUCAGCCCACAGUAG